AUGGCUAACGCUCAAGAUACCGAGUUAUCAGGCUUACUCGGCUACAUGUGCUCACUCGGGGGAGAACACGGCAGUCCGGGGCAGAUCAAAUUCUUCGAGCAGGUGAUCAAUAACGAGGUAACGCGUAUCGGCGAUAAAUAUUACCGACUGUCGGAUCGAAUCGUCAACCGCCCAGACCCACUCGCACUGUUUAACCAACUCGAAAUCAGAAUGGAGCUCAUAAAUCAACUGCAAUCAAAACAUUUUCCCAGCUUAAAGCGCCAAGUCAUAUCCCUUUCGAACGCACUUAUUGGGGUUCUCAGCAGCCCCGAUUUCAAGGACAAGCCAUUUUCGAAAAUUAAACAAGGCCUCAAAGUUUUGGCAAAGCUCGAUGUCACGAUGGAUAAAAUUAAAUUCGCCAUAGCUUGCAUCGACCCAGAUUUAGACCCACAAGAAGUGAAGCAUGACCAGGACUUCAAGAAAGCGAAACUAGUGACAUGUAACCGCCUGGGUGCCAUAGUAAACGUGGUGACCGGAGCCGUUGUCGACUUACUUCGAUCCAUGGAACUGGCGGGACCCGUCGAUCACCCUGUGAUGAGCGAUUAUCCUCUGAUGAGGACCGAAAUGCUCGCGAUCGCACGUAGUUGCUCGGCCUCCAUCGAUACGGCUCUCGAAUUAAUGAAUAUGUCCGAAUUAAGGUUCAUCCGAGACGGAUGGGAAUUACAAAUAAAUUCGAUGGACGACUCGCUCAAGAAGUAUAUCACAUUCGUCAAUCGACCCGCACCCCGCAAAAAUCGCUCCAACCGGAAUAACCCGUCCAAUAUAGCACGACUCAACAACCAUCCUCGUACCAAAGCAUCAGUGGUGGCAGUAAUCAAAUUAACGAGACUGUUUUUGGCGAAGCUAGAAAAGAUGUCGGCCGAUAAAAAAAACUUCAGCAUGGUCUCUAAUCUGAGUUCCAGGGAGCUCGAUAUGUUCAGCGAGAUAGCCACCAAAAUUUCUGAAAGUAUCGUGAAGCUUGUCAAGGCUUUGAGUGGGAAUAGUGACGCAAAUCGUUUUCAAGAUAUUCUGGCUGUUCAUGAUUCAAUUACCCAGCUUCAAAGUGCUCCUAAAACCAUCUUAUUUAUGUGCAACCACAUUUUCCUUCCUGUGGUCCAUCAAGCUGAUCAACCUUCUCAUAAGAUGUACUACAAGGCUUGGUUUUAUCAUUGGAACAGACUCCACCAGUUGGCCACUCGAAACUCCCUCAAGGCUUUCAAAUUCAACUCGUCAUAA